ACUAUCCUACUUUAUCGCCUCCAUUUCGCACUGUCUUCGGUAGACAUGCCAAGUCGUUAAGCCAAUAGAGGAAAACUAAUGAAAUGUUUUGCUAAUAAAGUCAUUGGAAAAAUAUUGACUGGCUGGUUAAAUUGCAAUUCCAUAUUUAAAAGAUUUGAAACACGACCUCUUUUAACGUUCGAAGAAGAAAAAAAUAACAAAAGAAUACGUUUGACAGCUCAGAAUUCAGUUUCAGUUUAAGGUGUGUAGCUGUGCUAAGAAGUAAAGAUGUAAUUCUGUUAUUAAGUCAAAAUGGCAAUGAAAAAGCUUCCUAUUGACCUUCAAUGUUUAAUGUCAUCGUCAUUACAAAUCAACAAUUUUAAGCAUGUUAUUGAAGAAUUGGUUUAUAAUUCAUUGGAUGCCAAAGCUACAUCGAUUGCUGUUCGAAUUAAUAUGCCUGAGAAUAAAAUACAAGUGAUUGACAACGGUUGUGGUAUUACCGAGACUGAUUUCGAUCUGCUAGGAAAAAAAUAUAGUACAAGUAAAUGCGUUGACUUAAAUACACUAAAAUAUGUUCCUCACACUUAUGGCUACCGUGGCCAAUUCUUAGCUAACCUGAUAAAAAUAGCUCAAAAGAUAAAAAUAACAUCACGGUUUGAGAAAGGUGAAAAUACAUGGAAGAAAAUAUUUUAUAAUGGCAAAGAAAGAGAUUUGGCGAAAACAACUUGUAGGCCAUCUGUUGGUACAACGGUUGAAGUUAGUGAUUUAUUCUAUAACCUGCAUAUUCAGAGCAAGUGCGUAGAUUCUUUGAACGAGUUAUCUGAUAUUAAAACACUUUUAAAACAGCUUACUUUAGUUCAUAGCAAUAUUUCUAUCAGCUUGAGAGAUGAUUCAAAAAACGAAAUCAUAUUCAAAGCUCACAAAAAUAGAAAUAUUUAUCAAACUUUAGGAUUGCUGUUCAACAUAGACGAAAAAGAUAUAGCAGAAUUCAAAGUGGAAAAGAAAGAAUAUAAAGUUACGGCAUACUUUGGUAAAAAAGAUAAGGAUGUUGGUCAGCACCAUUGGAUAUAUUUAAACGGAAAAUUUUUAAAUAACUGCAAACUACAUAAAAUUGUUAAUGAUAUCUUGAGUAAAUCCUGUACACAUUUAUCGAAAAGGAAAACUAAAUCAAAGGUUUAUGAAGAAGAAGAUAUAUUUACUAAGAUGAACUUACCAUUUUACAUAAUAUUAUUAUCGUGUCCUUACUAUGAUUAUGAUACCAAUGAACGGUCAAAACAAACCACUUUAGAAUUUAAAAACUGGGAAGACAUAACCAAUCUUCUCAAAAAACUAAUAAAAUUUUAUUGCGGGGAUGACAUACUUAAGAAACCAUUAAAACUUACACCUGUAGAAACCAAUUAUAUAAAUGCAAAAGAUGAUGAUAAAAGGAACCAAGUGAGAAAAAUUGUUGAAAAGCUUUUAAAAAGUAACUCUAAAAUGCUUGAAGUAUCACAAAUGCUAAAUGGCGUUAAGGGAAAGUUAACCAAACGAAAUAAGAAAAAGAAGAAAUCAUUAAACAUUUCUCUUUCUAAAGUGAUUCCAUCAAAAAACAAAGUUAAUGGUAAUCAUAAAGAUAAAUCAAAGGAAAGCGCUAUUGAUGUAGUUAAACUUAAUUUAAGUAGAAUUCAAAAUACCAAUCGUGAAAAUGAAGACAAUGAGGAUGAUAAGCAAGUUAAAGAAAAACACAUUACUAAUGAUGAGAAGUCUAUUAAUGUAUCAAAAUAUAAUGUGGAAAACAUAAAAAAAUAUAACAUCGAGACUACGAAAAUGUGUAUAAAAGAACAAAGAAAUAGUAGUAAACAAUAUAUUAUUUCUAAAAAGCAAAAUGGAAAACCGAAAGAAAAGUUGAAAACUUUCAGAAACCUUAAAAAACUGAAAAGAUCUCGCAAUAAUAUCCCUUCUGUAGAUGGGACCUUCCAAAGGAUUGAUAUACAUCAAAACAAAAAUAUGAAAAUAAAGAAAGAUGUUAAUUUUCAUAAUAAAUAUAACAAAAAUAAUAUUAUCAAUUUUGAAGAAGAAAACUUAUUAAAUGGAAAUGAUUUUACUACAAUGUACAACAUCAAAAGUAAUAACAAACAGAUAAAUAUUCGUAAAAAUGUUGAAGAAAUUAAAGUUUACGAUUACAUACCACACCCAUUAAAUUCAACACAGCAUUCUGAAGAACAUCAAAUUAAAUUCACGAAAAAACCACACACAUCAUCCCACGACUUAGUCAAAACUAUACUGAGUACACAAUGUAAUAAUGUUUCUACAAAUGAGAACCAGAGUUCAUUCCGUCAUGAGGAGAGUGAUGCACCUAAAAAAUCGGAAAUAUCUUAUGAAAUUGCAAAAGAUCUUACAACUAGCAUCAAUAUAGAAUAUAACAGAUUAAUGAAACAAAAAAAUAGUCGUGAGUCGACAUUCGAUGCUUGGAAUUUCGAUGUUCAGUCAUACUCGAAUUAUAUAGAUAAAGUGACAGAAGACGAACUGUAUAUAUCUAAAAUGACCUAUGAUAGUCACCAUUAUAACAAAAAUGCAGUUUGUGAAAAUAGUCAUAAAACAAAAACUAAUAAAUUCAUGUCCAGACAAUCAAAAGAUAACUUUAUUGUUUCGGUAAGGAAACAAGAGACGAGAAAAAUGUGUAGAAACAAAUUUAAUCAUUUACCGAAAAUUAACUUUCAAGAUGUCAAUGUGAAAUUUGGUAUAAAAAACUUUUUCAAAAAUAGAAACUUCUUACAAGAACCGUCUUUCAUAAUAGAGUUUUCAAAUACAAACAAAGGUGAUUCACACGCAGCUUCUGAACAAAUUAGUAAAAAUAUAUUUCGUACAUAUAAUAAAAAAAAUAUUUUUACAAAUCCAAAUAAAUAUAUGAAGACAUAUAACCCUGAUGAAGAUUUUCUUAAAGAAUACUCUACAAAAAUUGUAUCCAAAAAUACUUACACAUUAAGUGAUAAUUAUUUAAAUGCAAGAGAAGAAUAUAAUAUGUCCUGCCAGAAUUACGAGCCUAUCCGAUCCACAGAAAAUAUAUUGCAGGGAACUUAUACGAUAGAAACACAUAAUGAUAAAGAUUUCUAUUAUUGGAAAAAAUAUGAAAAUAAUCAAUAUUCCAGAAAAGAAGAUCAAUUAAAUGUUAUUUUUGUAUCCGAACCACAAACUGAAGAAAUAGCUCAAUCAUCAGCCGACGACAUAAUAGAACCUAUUCAUUUAUGUGAAACCAUUUUAAAUAAAAACGAUACCCCUAAACCAUCAUCAGAUAUGGAAAUAGACUUAAAUGAAGAUAUCGCUGAACAAUGGCCAAUGACUAAAGAAGACAAACACAUAGAAACGCUAAAGAUAUCUCAACAAGAAAUUUCACAUCACUUUAAUUAUUGCGUAAACAGCACAAAUUGCAGUGCAGCAGCCCAGAACAUUCCACUAAAUACUAAUGCAGAAAUAAAUACAAGAAAUAGCAUUUUAGUUGAAAACAAUGUAACUGGUACUAUAAUUUUACAAGAUCAACACAAUGAUAAUUUAAAAGCAACAAUGGAACCCAUUAAUAACAAUUUCAACAUUAAAAUAAGGCCAAGAUAUAUGCCCAAAGGUAUGUCUCAGAUUUUCGAAAAUUCUAACACAAAGGGCAUUUGUGAUUAUAAACUCGAAGAAGAAUAUUACACAUGUAAUAUUUACGAAGAUUUCACAAAAGUAGUUGAGACAAACACCGAAAUAUUUAAACCUGGAGUUCAACAUGCAACUGGAGAUGCAAGUAAAGCUAUAGAAAAAGUAAAUUUAAAACUACAUAAGGAGAAUUCUGCACUAAUCUUCGAUGGGAAAUUAUUGAAGCAAGCCCAGAUUUUGAAUCAAGUUGACAAUAAAUUUAUUGCUGCAGUUAUAAAAUCUAAAGCAGAAAGUAAAGAUUUUUUAGUUGUUUUCGAUCAACAUGCUGUCCACGAAAGAAUUCGCCUUGAAAAUAAUCUUUCAGAUUACUUCAACCAACAAGAAUGGAAAAGUGUGAAACUGGAUUCGUUCGUGUUAAAGCUAAAUAAAGAUGAAAUUCUGUAUCUUCAUAACUUCAAAGAAAAAAUCACCCAACUAGGCUUGGAAUGGAAUAUUCUUAACGAUUACGAGGUAUCAGUUUCUAGUAUUCCUGAAGCAAUACUUGGCAAAAAUCCUAGACAGGAGGAUAAAGUGGUAACAGCAGUUAAGAACUUAAUUUUAGAAGAAAUUAAUGCUAUCAAAACCCAAGGUGGUUGCAUAUCUUUGCAUCCGAAAUCUAUCAUGGAUCUUGUAUUUAGUGAGGCCUGUAGAUAUGCCAUAAAAUUUGGAGAUAAAUUAACAACAAAUGACUGUAACGAGUUAAUUCAGUCUCUCUCAGAAUGCAAGACACCAUUUCAAUGUGCGCAUGGAAGACCAGUCAUGGCUGUUCUGAUGGAAAUGACGAGUCGUGAUGUUCAAGAAUAUAAGAUUGAUAUGGCAAAAAUUCGUUCAUUUUUCAAAACUAAACGAAGACAACCCGUAAAGAAUAUUAAUUAGCUGACCUAUUGAAUUUCAUUAGUCGAUAUUUAAAUAAAACAGAUU